GUGGUUGUGGGUGUGGGUAUUAUGAAAUCCCAAUGUAAAUUGUAAUUCCAUUAGAAGUUAAAUAUUUCUCCAUAGUGUUUUGGAAUUACAUUAUUUAAAUCAAUUAACAUUAUUAUAAAUUUAAUGCUGGUUUAAUGGGCUGGCAGCUGAGCGGGCGGAGAUGGCCCGAGACGAGGUGUACCAGCAGGAGUACCGGCAACUGCUGCAGGCGCUCAAGGGGACGGUGGAGGGGCUGCUGAUCAGCCAGGUGUCCAACGUGUGGAACGUGUACGGGGGCCUCAGCCGGCUGCAGAAGGCUGUCGAGCGAAUAUUCAAGCACGGCUGCAGGGUGUUCGACCACCACGGGGACCCGGACUGCUGGGUGUUCAUCCAGGGCCUGAGCUGGCUGAGACCGCCCCUCGCUGCGUCGCCCGUGUUCGGGGGCGAGGGACUCCAGCAGAGGGAGGACAAGGCCUGCGCGUGGCUGCACGACAGCCUGGAGAGCCACUCGCUGUCCCAGAAGCUGGCGUGGCUGCUGUCCGACCGGGAGCACCUGCUCUCCUGCUUCGAGCGGUCGGCGUUCCUCUGCCAGGGGGCGUACGGCGAGGCGACGCUGCUGUGCCUGCGGGCGGUCGAGCAGAGCCGGCCGUCCCUGCUCACCGAGAUCGACCCCGGUCUGUACCUCACCACCUGGAAACACACAGUCUUCAAGAAAUCUCAUCGACGAUGUUCCUCCUUCCCCGAGGUCCAGUACGUUCAGUGGCGCAGUGGCCGGUCGGAGUGCGGCAGCUCGGCCAAACAGCCGUCCGACGACGGUCGCCUCACGCUGCCCUCGCGGGCAUGCGUCAAGGUCGAGGAGUCAGGCGAGACAGUGUCUUGCUCCGUGGACGGCGACAGCCGCGCCAGACUCGCCCGAGAAGACGUGCAGGUCGCAGCAGCACCGACUGCCGAGGCGGAACGUGUCGAUAAAGACCAGGCGCGCCUCGCCAGCAGGAAAGGUGUGAGUGGAGAGUGGGACUUGCGUUUGAAGUCGUGGGGGAGCUGUCCCGGCCUGGUGCAGAGCCUGGCCGGGGUCGACGACGGGGAGAGCGGCGCGACGCCGGCCUCGAAGGCAGUGUCCUUGAGCAGGAACUACUCCGUCCCGACGACGCCCUGCAGGAGGAUGUCGGCCAUGGAGAAGCUCUUGCCGCUGACGAGCCCGGAGCUGUCGCCCAGCGUCCUCGCCGUGGACUACCUCUCGGAGCUGAUGUCCGACACCUCCGGCUCCUCAAGCCACGAGAAGCAGCGGUCUCCCCCAGCGAAACACAGAGAGAAAGAUCCGGCGAGCAAGAUGGGGAGAGCCCCGUGCGAUGAGAACGGCAAGGCGGCGCUGCUCCGACGGCCGAGUGCGGACGCCAGCAACGACAGCUCGGACACCCUGAACCCCGACACGUGCAACGUCAGCGACGAGAGCCACGACGUGAACCGCCUCACGGCGGAGGUCGGGUCCCACGCCCGCCCCUCGGAGCUGAAGCUGACGACCACCGCUUGGGACGAGAGGGACAGCUCGCACUCGGCGGGCGACAGCGGCAUCGACCUGCGCAAGUGCAGGGGUGUCGUCGCCAGCCCCGCGACGGACCCUGCCCGCGAGCCGGGGCAUCUCGUGCCGCCCGCCGAGAGCGGCAACCGCUCCCUCGGGAAGAAGAAGAGCUUCAUCGAGGACGGGGGGAGCAGCGUCCUGCCGAUGGCCACCGGGUUCUUCCCUCGUCCGACGGAGGGCCAGUCCUUGGAGAGUUUCCUGUCCUCGGGCGACUUCUCCCGCCCGUCCGCGGAACUAGACAGGGAGAACGCCCACUUCAGCAUCUCGGAAGCCAUGAUUGCGGCAAUCGAGCAGGUGAAGUGCAACCGGCAGCUGCGGCUGGCGAUGGAGGAGGGGGAGGGGGAGGAGAGCGACGAGGAGAUAAACCACCUGAAGCAACGCAUCCGCCUCCGUCGACGGCAGCGUCAGGAGGAGAAGCAGCGUCACCUGUGGGGCGUCGCCCUCUUCAGCGACACAAAGACAGACACCACUACGACAGACCAGAGCAUCAGCCCCCUGUCUACGUCACCGGGGACGUACUCGGACAGCAUCUCCACGGAUGACGUCGAAGACUUGGAAGUGGAUGAAGUUAAAAACCUCGCACAACUCAAAAAUGCAGGAUUGUCUGUAUCGAUGGCCUCAUUGUAUUCGGAGGCAGACCUGUCGAAGCACCACGUCGCGUCCGCGUCGCCGUCGCCGCGCGGCCACUCGGAGGGCCCGCUGACGGAGUCCGUGGUGUCGGCGGAGGGCGUGGCCCUGUGCCUGAUCCGCCAGUUCAGCGACAAGCAGCUGCCUCGGGCGUCCGACCUGCAGUGGCUGGUCUCGGAGCAGGAGGCGCCCCAGCAGGUCAAUAUCGUUUGUUACGACACCAAUCACAGUGAGUCAGUGCGGAAGCAAGCGCGUCCCGAGGUGGCUACGGGUCAAACAAGGCAACGACUUCUCUCGCAGACGUCCGCCGAUCACAAGGAAGAAACAGCUGGUGCGGGUGUACCUUGUUGCAGUCUGCUGCUGCCGAUGCCGACCAGCUGGCCCGUGAGCCCCGACGAGGCGGAGGACACGGACACGUGCCGGGCCACCCAGCUGCGCGGCACCGUGGAGUGGGCCCCGCCCCGCCCCCAGGUCAUCUUCACCCCUCACCUCGCCCUCCCGCGUAGGGUGCUGAUGGCGAAGCAGAACUACCGGUGUGCCGGCUGCGGCAUGAAGGUCGCCCCGGAGUACGCCCACCGGUUCCGCUACUGCGAGUACCUGGGGCGCUACUUCUGCACGGGCUGCCACACGGGGCAGCUGGCCGUCGUCCCGGGCAAGAUCCUCGCCAAGUGGGACUUCUCCAGGUACCCGGUGUCGACGUUCUCCUACCGCCUCCUGGACCAGAUGAUGUGCGACCCCCUGUUCCGCGUGGGGGACCUCAACUCGGGCCUCUACCGGCGGGCCAAGCAGCUGGAGCGGGUAUACCACUGUCGCCUGCACCUGUUCUACCUCAAGGACUUUGUGCUCACCUGCCGAUUCGCCGACAAGAUCCAGGAAUCGCUGCAGCAGCAACCGACUCACCUCCUGACGGAGUUGGAUGUCUACUCUCUCCAGGACCUCCUGCUGGUGAAGAGCGGGGAGCUUCUGGCUCGGCUCAGGGACCUCACCGCCACUUGCCUGGAGCACGUGGCCCGCUGCCAGCUGUGCCAGGCGCGGGGCUUCGUGUGUGAGCUAUGCCCCUCGAAGGAGGUGAUAUUCCCGUGGCAGCUGGGGAAGGUGUCCCGGUGCGUGUCGUGUGGAGCGUGCUUCCACGCCGCCUGCUCCGGCGCGGCUCCGUGCCCGCGCUGCGCCCGGCUCGAGGCCCGGAGGGGCAAGCCCCCCCUGGAGCCGGCCGUCCGCCUGGCGUAGCGGCGUCGCAGCCGUGACGCCAGCGCUAGGUCCUGUGGCGAGGCGAACGGGCUGGCAGUUAGCCGGACAGGAACACUAGUUAUAUUCACGUGCCGGUACUAGUGGACAGACGUGGGGGGCCACGCGGCUCGGGGUCCUGUCGAAAAGUACCAGCUUCGAGGUUCACGUGCUUCCGCCCCCUAUCCCCCUCCCCCUUUUUUUACGCUGAAUUCGGAGAGGGAACGUAAGACUGUUACAAUUGUCGCGUGAGAGAUAUGCAAUCAGCUGGCACAAAUCAAACUGUGAAACUGUUGAUUUAAAAUGCAUACUAUUGUUAAUCUUCUUUUUUUUUUUUUUUUUUUUUUUUACAUUUCUGUUUUACAGUUUGCCUGUAAUGAAUUUAUAUAAACCUGUCGAUUUGUGUGUCGAAGCACGUGUCAUCACAUAUAUAUAUAUUUUUUUGUUUGAAUGUUAAAAAUAAAGUUAAUAUAUGAUAAAGUGAUUUACUUAGUGCAGAAAAUUUGUUACUAAUUAUGUUUGAACUUUGUUACAUGAAAUAACACUUUGUUUGCAGUGCAAUAGAAUGUAAUGUCAUGGUUGUAGCUUUGAAAGUAAAAUAAGUAAACGUAGGAAUUUUAAGUUUUAUUGCUAUUCACAAAUGCUUAUUAUGACCAGGGAACCUCUAAAAAUUAUUAUUGUUGAAGAUUAUUUUUGGCUGGUAAUAAUUUUGUUACAUACCAACACAAUGCACGUAAUUAUUAUGUUUGUGACGUUUAAUAGUGAUAUUGAUAUUGAAAACUUUUGAAUAUUUAAUAUUGAUUAACGAUUCUCAUAAUGAACGUGAGGGAAACAAAAAUGUUCAAAUUAAUAUAAACUUUUUGAGUGCCUAACAAACUUCAUAAUGUUAAUAUGAAAUGAUUCUAACAGCUUUGAAUUGUUAGCGUUAUAAUCUUUUACCAAGAAAAAAAAUUAAUGUUCAAACUAUCAAAUUCAAAUCUUAAAUUUUAAGAAUCAUGUAACUCCAUCAAUUAUUUCAGUACUACGAGCUGUUAUGUAACCUUGCCCUGUGUCACUUCCAAGAACUCACGUUGCAGUCAGAGUUAGCAAGCAUGAUUCAAUGAGCAAGAUGGUCACCUUUCAGGAUUCGUAUUUUAUUUAAAAAAACAUUUCAGUUAGGAAUAAAUUGUAAGGACAUGGGGAUAUAAGUCCUCAUUGAGUUCUUUAGGUUGAAUGCAUUUACUGGUUUUACACUACGUAGUCUUCCUUGAUUAGGAAUUAAUUUGUUGCUGUGGUUUUUACCCGUGGAAUUAACAGUAGAAAUACAUUGCAUCACUUCUCUAGUGUGCUGAGUAGCAUUCUGAGCGUUGUCACAGUUAGCAACGUCAGUGGGAUGAUUUUCUGUUGGUAAAAUUUUCUGGACUAUAAAACCAUACAUCUUUUUGGAAAAUUAUUUUUUUUAUUUCGAUUACCAAAUCAUAUUUACAUAACUUAAAAUAGGUUGAUCUUGAUGUACAUUGUAUGAUAAUCAAAUUUCGGUUUUACGGUAGGUACUGUUUAAUUUUUGUUUUCUUUACAAUUUUUAGAGGGUAGCAUGGUUCCUACCCAACUUUAAAUUACCGAAGUUCAACGUUAUGUCAUAAAGAAAGACCAAAUUUAUGUUUUAUUUGGUUCUGUUUGCAUAAAAAUGUUAAAAUAUUAGAACUUUAUUGUUUGUUUUGGUGAAAGUGUAACUGAUGGAAAAUGUCCAGUUUUGAUUGCAGAACAUUUUUCAGAUGAGUUACCUGAAAAUGUUUUCAAAAAUGUUGUCUUUGGAAAACUAACAUUGAUAGUCACAUAGGCUUCACAAUCUUAUUUGCGAUAAAAGUAAUUUAAUGUUAUUUCAUAUAAUGUGAAGCUGAACAGUCCUGCAAAACAUCAAAACUGGUCUGUGUAGUAAAUAUUUUCCUGUGUAUGAAGGUAUAAUACAUAUCUUCCUUUUUUUAAAAUAGUUAUGGGUCAAAUCCCAAUUUUCUCUAAUCUGAAUCUCGAAUUCGAAUCCCGGAGAGUACCGAAUCUAGGUGUCAAGGGUCAAAAAUAAAUUAAUGUACAAUAAAUUUAAAAUAUUAACUAUGGUGUUAAAACAUUCUACCCUUUAAAUGUUUGUUUCACAAUUUAAGUUUCCAAGAUCUACAUAUUGUAAUUUUGUUUUAUAUAAUUACAUUUUAAAAGUACAAUAUCUUAGGGUUUAGUAAUAAGAUAGGUAUGAAAAUUAAAAUUUUACUGAGGUUAUCAGUGUUCAAUUUUUUUAAUUUGCUGUAUUUCCUCUAAGUUAAAUCUUUUUUCCUCAAAUAUUGAAUUCUUCAAAUGCUAAGUAUUUUAAUGGUAUUUGAGGAUUAAAUUGGUUCCUCCCCAAUUUAAAAUAAUUAAAUGGACAUAAUGCCACUUCUAGUUUACGAUGUUUGUCCUGGAAACAACUGAAGAACGGACACAAAUAUAAUUACCUACUUACGCACACUGAGAACAUGUAAUGUUACAUCCCUAGACAGAAUUUUGGUGGCAUUUUUUCUAUUACUGAGCUUAGCCAUGUGAAAAAGGUUGGGAUUUUUUUUAUGUGAAAAAAAAGUUCCUAUUUGUAGACAUGUUUUAAAAAUUAAAAUUUGUAACUUAUGCGGUAAGUAAGUGUAUGGAUAUAUUUUUUUCUACAUUUCAUUGUAUAUUGUAGUAUAUUAGCGUUUAAGCUUCUGUAGCCAGACACAAUGAUCUACAAUAGAGCCAGUAGGAUAAUUUCUUACUUUCAGGCUGUGCAAGUUAUUUCUAAUCACGGUGUGAACCGAAUUGUGUGUUUUUCGCCCACUCGGCAAUUGUUUGUGACAGCGACGCUGUCUUAUUUGUCAGCUUUGGCAUUUUAAAACCUGUUUCUGGGGCAGAAACCUCCUCAUAAUUGCAUUAACUUCUUUACUUUCUACAAUAAUCAGGCUUACUUAUCCUCAUGCUUGCAACAUGUAAGAUGGAGAACACAGAUUUUCCAAAGAUGUAUUGUGGGGAGGGGGAGACAAUUUUUUUGAAUGUUACGGCUGGUGAGACACAGGUUGCAUAGAGUUGAAUGUGAAAUACGAACCCAAAACCUGGAGCCAGAUGAUAAAAGGCACAAACAUUUUUUUGCACAAGUAGGACAGAAUGUGAGAAUUACAGCCAUACACAGCGGGUUUGUGGAGACGAGACAAAGGGAAAGAUAUACAUAAUGUUCUUGGCCGAUGCUUAGCUUUACAACUCAUGUUCUUUUGAAGGUGAUGUUUGAUAGCAAGGGACAUAUUUUUAUGCUGCCAUAAAGGUGGAAUCAUUUUCUCUUUGUUAAAUAUUUUUACAAGAUAUUUAACUUUUUUUUUUCUAAUGCUUAUGUGAAAGUUGUUGUUUUCUCGUGAUGUGAAAAUAGUUAUGAUUUAUGUCCAGAUGUGUAUUUAUUAUAAGAGUUAUUGUUUGUGCAGGUGCUUUGAUAGUUACAGGCUCUUAUGAAAUUGUAUAAUUGUUAGGCUUUUGGAAGCCAAAGAGGUGUACGGUAUGUGCACACUAAACAUAUAGUUGUUGUAACAGAUAGUUACCUACUAGAGGCGUAAACAUAAACUGUGAUUAUUCAGCUGUAAGCAGCACAGACUGUAAACCUGGAGGAACGACUGUAGUGUCACAACUCAGCACCUACACGGUGGCAGCAAAGGUAAACUGCUGUAACUGUUGGCAGGCUUAUCAAUUCCCUUUAUAAAUACUGUAGUAUUAGUUUAUCAUAUACAAACUGAAAUUUUGUACAAUUUUUUUUAAUACAGUGAAACCUCAUUAUGAAGUACCUCACGAUAAAGUAUAUAUUUUCAAGUCCAUACAAGAAUUUUUACAUUUAGUAACAGUUCAGUACAAAGUACUUUCAUUGUUAAAUAGGUACUUAAAAGGUGGGUUUUUUCAGGUACGUUGUAAUGAGAUUUCGCUUCAUUUAAAACCAUGAAUUGUAUUUAAUGUUUUUCACAUCUUAUUACUUUAAUGCUAUGUCGUAAUACCCUGGGAGGAUGGAGGAACUCGCAGUAUAAUUUAGUUUCGUAAACACUGCUGCUUAUAUUCAGUUUUUUGUUACAUUUCGCAAUACCUGCAUCUGCAUGAGGAAAGACGGGUAGUAACAUACUUUAAUAAUACGUUGUUUGAAUUUGAGGCUUGCGGUUGCCAUGUAAUGUUAGCAUAGUUCACUCAAAUAGUUUUACAAAUAGUUUACUAUAAUUAGAGACAAGAUUUUAUGGUGAAAUGCAAUGAAAAUUGAAAUAAUACAAAAAACAAAUGCCAGCAUACCAUAGACCACCAAAAUGCAAGUUCACUGUAUCGCACGGAAGUACUUGUUAAAUUGUGAAGUUCUUCAGCAUUUUAGCAAAACUUAAUUCAAAACUGGAACAUGGAAUCUGUAAUUAUAUAUUAAAUUCUAAGCUAGUCAUGAAGCUUGUACCAAAAUAUGUGAAGGCUUGUUAAAGAGUCCAAGGACCCGGAGGAAGAUAAUUUUGUCGGGCCUCCUCCUCAUUACUCGACAUACAAAAAGUUUAAACUAGUGAUGGCCCGAUAUCCAAAAACCCGAUACCGAUACAGAUUCCGAUAUUUCCAAAUUUACUGAUCUGAUACCCGAUACCCGAUAUUCCGAUAAUAGGCCUAUCUCAUUUCUAACCCUGAUUCUAUAAAAUUGUGGUUCUGGAGUACUGUUAUAGACAAUAAUGAAAAAUGUUAAAUAUUAAUAAAACAUACUUAUGUGAAUGUAUAUUAAUUUUAUUAAUUGUAAAAUAUUGUAAAUUCACAUUAAAUGAAAGCUUAUAAUGAAAUUAUCAUAAUGCCUUACAAAUAAACUCUCUAAAUUCAAGGUCUUAAAAAAUUAAAUUGUUUUUCAAGGCCAGGUAAAGCAAAAUUCUGGUGUAGGUAUUACCUACAGUAUGCAAAAAACAUAUUGUAACUACAAGGAAACAAAUUUCAGAUUUUUGUGGAGAAAUGUUAGCAUUUGAAUGUGUUCAGGUGAAAGGCGAUUCCGUUUUUUGGUACAAAUUCCACAUGCAGAUCUAAACAAUUUUUCAGAAUGAAUUGAGGCAGGUGGAAAGCCAAGAUAUAUUCUGGCUAACAAUUUCAGUCUCGGAAAGGUAGAAUUUGCCUUCCAGUACGUCAGUGGGCUGUCAUUCCAUUGUUCAAGUGUAUCACUCCAUUUAUUGGUGCGAAAACACAUUAAAAAUACAUGAAAAGUAAUUUCAAUACAACUUUAAAACGUACUGCAGAGUUUAUAAAACCACACAUUAUGAUUUAUGUUGUUGGCAAUGCACUCAAUAUAGCCAACAUAAUACCUUUGCUGCAAUUUGCCCUACUUAAACACGUUUCAUAUUUUAGCUUUUGUAAAACUUACGUAACGUCUUUAUAGAACAGCAGUUGGCGACCAUGAAACGACACAGAAAGAAAAUGCUUGUUAUAUCAAGCAGCAACUUUAUUCUUCUUCAUGUUUACUUACGGCUAUACCACUUAUUAAAUUAAAUAUCGUAAUUAUUUUUGUUUAUGUUUUCAAUUUAUGUACACUUAGUGAACUUCGAAAAUUCAUCAAGCGAAAACAUUUUGCGAAUAUCUGAAACAAAUAAAUAUGCACUAAUGACUGGGAUUUGUGUACACAUGGAAGAAUUGUACCGUCGGGAUGCAUUGCAGUAUCAGAAAGAAGAAAAAGGCUUGAAAUUGUUUCAGUGUAAAAUAUGCUUGGAAUUACUAGGUAAUAUGGUGACGUGAAGAAAGAUAAAUUACGCCCGCGGAAAAUAAGCUUGGAAUUACGGUUAAGGUUAUGUGAGAAGUAUUAUUGGCGAGAGCAAACAUCGGUUAUAAAAAUAUCGCAAGUAUUUACCGAUGUCCGAUAUUGAAAAAUGUGCCGAUAUUACCGAUCUCUGAUAUCGAAUAUCGGGCCAUCACUAGUUUAAACCCCGAAUUUAAAAGAAAUCUAGAUACUGUAAAAGUUAUUUAUAACCAUAACUGUUGCAUAACUUGUAAGGUUUCCGAUGAAUUUCAUCAGAAAUAGACGUGUAACUAUCAUCCUGUCAAGAUGAACUUGGGCAAAAAAAAAACCUUUGGGACUAAAAUGAGCUUCAAUGGUGAUUGGGCACCGAGGACUUUGCCCUCUGUCCCUCCCACUCGAUGGCCCUGGAUACAUCGACCAAAGAUACAUGAAAAAAAUUAUUUUACAGAAUUUAUUUUAAUGACACUACUGUUGAUACAUUUUUCAAACACAAAUGCUUCCUGGUGUAUUUUUUAGCUCUUAGUAAUUCUGUUCCAGAAUCUUUUUUAUAAUUAUUUAAUUGUAUAAAUGUUUUGUGUAUCACAGUUGAAAACUACACUCCUUGGGUUAAAUAUGUAUAUAUUAAAAAAAAUUUCAGUGACAUUUUUUUUUACUUUUCACUAUAUUCAUGAAUCAGCAGAAUCUAUAAUAAAAAAAUUAACAAUAUCAUUGAAAUCUUCUCUUUAGGAAUAAAAUUAGCCUAAAAUUAAGACCGUAAAAUUUUGUCUCUACUGUAGUAUUUUGAUGAUUGUAAGUGUGUUUACCAUGUUUACCUGAAUAUAAUGCUAUGAUGGUUACCUAAACUGUGGAAACUAAAAGUGGGGGUCGCAUUAUAAUCGCAAAUUUGUAUCUUGCCACUGGGAACAGCUCAGUUGAACUACGGGCUCUGCCUCUUCAAAGUGUCACUUAUGCCACUCUAGUCCGGGGCUUGCUGGACCUGUGCACAGGCUGACAGAUGGGAGAUGCAUGAUGAAGGGGAGGGUGUUUGGUUCCUUCUGCUUCUCUUCCCUGUGGCUGCAGAGGAAGUAUACCCCCCCUCCCACUCUUUAUACCUCCCAGGACCACCCUACUUCACCACAUUCUUAACUUUCUCUCUUUAACUGCAGUCAUAAAACAAUUUUAAAAAAUUUCUAACUGCGACUAGAUGUUUCAAAACAGACUGUGUAAAUUGAUACAAGUGGCACUACAAAGAAUCUAGUAAAUAUGGAAAGAAUCUUAAUAAUUUAAAUAAUAUCAAGUGUAUGUACUUGAAUCACAAUAAAGGCUUUUCCACAAACUUGUCAUCAAAAAUUUAGGGUUAGCAUUAUGUUCAGAGUCACAUUAUAAUUUUCAGGUAAAUAGGUACUAGUUUAUUUUAAUAUUCUCCCAGUCUAUCAGCUUGGUUAUGGCUCAGUUCUGCCCUCCAUGUGGAGUUAUAAUUUUUUUUUAAAUUUUAUAUAUGUUUAAUUAUUUAAGCACCAACCAUUCAGAUUAAUUUUUUGUAGUUAACUUUUGUGCCAGAAGUUUUUUGUGCAUUAUCAGUGAUGAUGUAAUUCUGGAGUAGAGUGAGAAAGUUGGAAUGUGAGAUUUUGAAUCCAAGCCAAACAGCUUCAAUUCCCGGGAAAUCAAAAUCGUCAAUAAGUUGAACAGAUAAAAAUUUAUGUUUUUAUUUUUUAACAGCAAUUAAAGCACCGCCACCUCUAUUCUUCAAAGGACGUAGAGAGUUCCUGUCAUUUCUAAAAAAAAAUCAGGUAUUGGUUUGGAGAAAUUAGUGUCAUGGAUCAUUUAAGUAUCAUAUUUACUUAGUAAUAUGCUAUCUUUGUUAAAAAACAGACUUCAUAAAAAAAAUUAAAACACCACUGAGAUAUCCUACUUUUAAAACCUAAAAAUAAAACCAUAAAAUCUUGUCUCUAAAUAUCAGCUAUUUGUAUGCAGUAAAGUCCAGUUAGUAAAUUUUCACUUGAGAAAACUUCCUGCAUUCCAAAUGUGUUAAACUUACGUUAAGAAACAUUUUAACAGGGUUUUAGUAUUUUAAAAUUUCUGCCUGACUGAUUACAAUGUGAUCACUCACUGUAAUUUACUGUUUUGUAGUGUCUCAGCUGGGUAACUUAAUACUUUAGUUCUGUAUUCCCAUAUUUGAAAUAUUUAUUCAUGAAGAUCGGGAAUUUGAAUAUGGAGGUGUGACAUGUGGUGGCGACUGGCUAAAGCCAGUACGUAGGGCAUGAACGGACUGUGGUUAUUGGAUAAGACGUAUAGGUUAGCAUUCCAUUCACAACCCGUAUAUGGUUGACGACGAAUCUCGACUAAAACACACACCAAAAUUGGUUCGGUUAACUCUCUGGUGUUGGGACAUAGUAAUAUAUUUUAUUUAUUAUUGUAGUGUGAUUAAUAUGUUGUUUGAAACCAAUUUAUUUAUAUUUUUAUGUACUUUUUUCAAACAAAAAUAAAUAUUUCACAUUUUA